CAACGGUUUUGGUCUUGAAGGCUUGAAGGAAAGGACAUUUUGGUGUCUUAGAGCAGAAGAGAGGAAAAGAUGGCGAAAGCUGCAUCAGAAGUUGAAGAACUGCCGAAGGCUAUCGUGCGCAGAGUUGUGAAGGAUAAACUCACUGGUCCGUCCAAUCAAGACGAAAUCAAUGCCACAAAGAUGCUUUCCUCGCUUUCCGAGAGCGCCAGGAUCUUCGUUCAUUGCGACAGGAGAAGAGAGGAAAAGAGCUGUCGAAGGCUAUCGUGCGCAGAGUUGCGAAGGAUAAACUCGCUCGUUCGUCCGAUCAAGACGAAAUCAAUGUCCACAAAGAUGCUCUCCUUGAUUUGUCCGAGAGCUCCAGGAUCUUCGUUCACUACCUCUCUGCUAUAUAAGAAGGAAAUCAUCUCCAGUUCUGGGAGAUGCAAAAUCUUCAGUUGAUGUGAUUUUCUUCACCGUGAUCUCAUUGGGCUUUAUUUCUGUUGCGUCAUGCAUUGAAGAUGCUGCUCGAGCUAUUAUCUUUGCUUUAAUGGACAAAAGUGAUUCAGAACUGGGCGAGCCACUUACUCUGUUUCUAUUU